UGCUUUCUCAAGCACGGACUGCAAUGGCGGAUUACGAUAACUACGAUGACCGAGACCGGGCUUAUGGCAGUUUUGGAGGAGGAAGAGGAAGACCCCGAGGAGGUGGUGGCCCUGGAGGACCCAGAAAGCAGAAGGAGUUGCCCACAGAGCCUCCCUACACAGCCUACGUGGGGAACCUGCCCUUCAACACAGUGCAAGGAGACAUAGACGCCAUUUUCAAAGACCUCAACGUCAGGAGUGUCCGACUAGUCAGAGAUAAAGAAACAGACAAGUUCAAAGGUUUCUGUUAUGUAGAAUUUGAUGACUUGGAAUCCUUAAAGGAAGCCUUGACAUAUGAUGGCGCUCUCUUGGGGGACCGGUCACUGAGGGUGGACAUCGCAGAGGGCCGCCGGCAAGAGAAGGGUGGCGGAGGAUUUGGUUUCCGAAAACAGGAUGACAGAGGAGGCCGUGGGGGCAUGCGUGGCCCCAGAGGAGGGGGCCGGGACCCGCGGGAUUCCAGAGAUGACUACGACCAUAUGGGAGGAGGCUAUAGAGAUGACGAUUUCAUGGCUGGGAGGAGUCGAGGAGGUGGACGACCUGGCGACAGGAGGGGGGGUGGCUCCGGGGGGAUGGGCCGCUACAGAGACGGACCUCGUGGGGGCCCCACGGACUUCAGAGAACCUUCUGACGAGGAACGGGCACAGAGGCCGCGACUACAGCUGAAGCCGCGCACAGUGGACGCUCCUCUAAACCAGGUCGCCAACCCAAACUCCGCCAUAUUCGGCGGUGCAAAGCCCAGAGAGGAGGUAAUUUCCAAAGAAAAGGACUAAAAAAACAGCAACAACAACAACAACAAAAAAAAAAGCUGCAGCUAGCCGCAGAACACGGGCAGGGCACGGGACUGUAGAGGGUGCACCGCCCCCCACUGGGAAACGUUAACGCCUCCGUCAUUAUUCCCACCCAUUAGAUGAGCCGAGAUCCCCGCCUCUUCCGGGUUCGGUCCGAGCAAAAAUAUAUAUAUAUAUUCAAAAAGCAAGAAAACAAACACACUCACACAUACACAAAAAAACAAGCAGCUCGUGAAUGCAUGUCAGCCGUUAACAAGUGGUUUUUACGUACACCUCUGCUUCCCUGUAUUUAGUGCCUGCUUUGUACUGUAGUUACUUUGGGGAUGGACAAUUCACUCGUUGAUUUCUGAGAGGUAGAUGAAUUUUGCUGCUCUUAAAAAGAAGGAUUCAAUCUUGUUUUUUUUCUCCCUGGACAUGAGUUAAAUGCCCCCUAAAACUGACCCCCUGAAUAGUGUGUUGCAAAGACAAGUGUUUGGCAGUGAGUGUUGGUGGCCUGACCUUUGAAGCACAGUGUUAAUGACAAAGGCUGGGGGCUCUCCAUGAGGAUCUUUGCCUUUGCAUCAUUGACAUGUAAAUCCACGCUGUUUCUGAUUGCUUUCAUUUCCUGUGAUUGUCAUCUUAUUAAAGGCUAGCCUGGGUUUUUUCUCUGGAAAAAAAGGUGAUCCGAAAGUAAUUGUAAUGUUGUCUGUUUAACAUGUAUUUAUAAUUGGGCCUGACAAUUGAUUCUCUUGAAUGUGAAUCCCAGGUUAAGUUCUUGUGUGGGCAUUGUAAGUACACAUCAAGCAGAUAGCCCAGCAAAACAGAGUAAAAGUAAUGAUUGAAAUGUCCAUCCAAGAACUUUCCCUGGGUUUCGUUGCUGUCAGAGAAAUACCCUAGGUGUCAUUUAAACUGUAUUGAAAAUUUUUGUAAGGAGCAUGGUGUUUGAGUAAGAAUCAGUCUUUUAUAAGAAAAGUAUUUUUUGGUUGUUUUAAGUCCCAGUUUGCAUUGUCUUCACUGUGUAAGGGUUUGGCCAUCUACACUCAGCUUGUCAAAGAUGUGGUGAUUUUUACUCUUGGCAAAAUUGGACUUAACAGUGGUGUGUUACUAUAUGCAUACAUUUUAGCUUUUUCUUGAAAAUCAUAUACUCUUUUUAAGUUAUGAAAUGGUGCAAAAGAAGUCUACAGUUCAUCUGCAGUGCUGUUUUGGUCAGUGUACCUUUUGUACUGGAUCUCUUUUGUAGUGACGGUUUUGAUUUUGAAAGUAAUUUUAAAUGUUUCUUGUCUAUCAAACCCACCUAAAGUUUUGUGUUUGUUUGUUUUGUUUUAUUUUCUUAAGAAUUAAUAAGUCCAUGAGGCUGCAUUAUUUGAGAAGUCUAGACUGGAUCGACCAUCUUGCUCGCCAAAAAUCUUUCAAAGGCUUCAGUGAGGUGCCAGGCUCUCCCCCCUCAAACCACCCUGCCAGCUUACACAGUGCAUGCCCACGUCUGGCAAUGAGUGGAUGGACACGCUGCGGCAUCAGCGUGCACUAAAUCAUCCCCCUCCUCUGCUUGCAUGACCCCACCAAAAAAGCAAGCGAUUCGGACAGUGGAUUCAGUCUGAUUCGGUUGCCUUUGGGUAAGGACUUCAAUGUGUCACUUUUUCUUCUCCUUUUCCAAAGGCGUUUCUUAUGCUAUGGUGAUUACACUGUCAGGCACGCAGCAGCUAGGGCUGCCGUGUGUGUCUUGUUUUCCUUGUUCGUUUUUCAUUUUGUGAAGGGUAUUUUAGAUUCUUUCCACUGUCUUAAACAUUAAAUAAUUCCUGUGCUGUGAACAGCUGAACUCCAGUUUGUCUUAAUGCAUAAUUCUGGAGUCUGUUUUAAAAGAUUGCUUUCUGUACUUGAUUCGGUGCAAUCUGGGUGAUGCUAGCUGCAUGCCAAAAUGAAGCGAUGUACAACUUAAACUAAGAAGAGCGGUUACCUGAAAAGGAAGUGAUGUAAUGCUACAGUCAUAGUCACUCCAACAAAUUAAUCAUUCAGCAUGCACAACUAGAAAUGGCAAUGCAGUCAAAAAUGUAUCACUCUGAAUUUGGUCAUAUGUAUUACCUGGCACCUAAAUAUGAAAAGUUUAUUGCAGUCAUAAGAAAAAGCAGCCUGUCUUAACCUCCAUCUUGCCAAUCCAGGUGGCGCUAAACGAUAUGCAGCACGAUUCCAGUUAGAUCAAAUAUCUAACGUCCAGGAAUCUGUGACGCUUUUUUUUUUUUUUAGUUGAGUUUUGAAUUGGCAUAGAUGAACUCCUUACUGUGCUGUACAGUGUUCAACCAUCUAACUUGUUCUUUUUGUUUUUACUUCACUGUUUAUGGCAAUAAUAUGUAUCAUCUUACCGAUGCUCUGAAGAAUGUGUAUUGAAAUGGGAAGAA